AGGCAUUUCAUUUCCUCCCUGGUCCCCUCCCUCUUUAUGACAGCUUUAUAAUAAUACAGGAAACAGAAGGCUGGGCUUCUGAGAGCCAGGAACACACUGCAGAUAACAGGGGGCAGAACUGCUUUUCCUCCCAACCUUAUCCAACACUGUAACAUCAAAGGAGGGAGCAUAGUGCCAGUCCCAGCACUGCCUGACCACCCGCAUGAUGGAGGAGCAGAGUAAGACAGAGGUAGGGAGUGUGCCUGGGGGGUACUGUGCACUGGAAUCUGGGGGUAAGGGAAGGAUACUGAGCCUGGAGAUUGGCAGAGCUCUACGUUUGCACUGCUUAUUCAUUUCUGCACCUGCUGUAAAGAUCUGAACCCUUAAACAGCAUUAACUAACAUUAAAUAAUCUGCAAACUCUGUUUAUAGACACAUUCUGCUUUUAUAAAACUCUAUGUUGCACCCAUGACAUUUAUAUAACAUCAGUCUGAAUUUACACAUAAUGUAAUGUCUGUCUGCUUAUGUCUGUCUGAUUAUGUGUCUGGUUGAUUAUGUUGGGUCUGCUACCUAUUAACGUGUCCUGUCUGUCUGUCUGCUUGCCUGCCUGUCUGUCUCUAUAUACACUAACACUUACAAUAUAUGGAAAAAGCAGUGGCAGAUAAGGCAACCCAGUUUUAUAUUAUUUUAAUAUCUUCAUAGUAGUGUACAAUAGUAUUGCAAUGAUUUCAUAUUUACAUACAGCUCAUUUUAUGCCCCAUGUGUAUUGUUGACCCAUAAGAAUGCAUGUAGUUUAUUUCCCCCUAUUUUAUAGGAAGUUACCCAAAAUCUAUAUAUGAUAUACUGGAAUGCCAGGGAUGUAAAAUAUAUUUAAAUAUUAAAGGGACACACUAUAGGCAAUGGAACCACAACAGCUUAAUGUAUUGGUUCGGUGUUAGAGAGACUGUCCCUGCAGCUUCAGCAGUGUAUAUGCUGCAUUUUCUGUGAAAAAAGGUGUUUACACUGCUGCCUAACUCCACCAUUGAAUGACGAGAGGCUGUUUGACAGCCAAUAAAUUGACUUCCUGGGCUCAGUCCUGCAAUCUUUUUACUCUGCAUGGCGUCGCAUUGAGGACAAUAGCCUUCCAGUGCUUCCCUAUAGGGAAACAUUGCAAUGGUUGAUCCACAAGAUGGCGUCCCAGGCCAGUAAAGGUGAGUAAAAUAUAUUUCCUAGCCCAUCCAUGUCAGCAUCACCUGUGGGUUAGCUCCUCCCUCUCGGCUGAAAGGACAGGAAUCUAAAUUUCCCUGGGUUAAGAUCACUGUCAUAGUAAUCUUAACUCAGGGAGCCCCAAACUGCUUGGGCUGUAUCUGGGUUCUUCCUUGGGGAGAGAGGCUGAACUCCCCAGGGAUGCCAUAAUGAAAAACUAAUGGCAGGUGAACUUUAAUAUAAAACUGUUGUGCGGCCUCAGAGCUGGAGGACAGCAAAAAAGACUGCUUAUUCUAAGGAGGUGGAUUCCUUAUAUACCAUCAUUUGACAUUUAGAUACCUGUCCUAUCAGCUGAGAGGGAGGAGCUAACCCACAGGUGAUGCUGACAUUGAUAUUGGCCAUGAAAAGAAAAUUACAGUAAGUAUUGUAACAAUUUUCUGUUUUUUUUUUAUUGGCUCAGGGGAGGAUGGACAUUAGUCUAAAUAGGCAGGAUAACACUAAAGCAUUAGAAAUACAUGCUUAUCUCCUCUAAAUACAUUUUUACAUAUAUAUUCAUAGUGACAUUAUUUUAUGUGGUUUACCUCAUUCACUGGUCAUAUGUGAAGAAUUACUACAGGCCUGAUUAACAGCCUGACAUAAACUUUACAAUGAUGCACAGUUGUUAUGGACCCUAUAUAGAGUUAUUCACCAAAGUGAGAAUUGAAAGUGAAUUUCAAAUUUAAGACCACAAUAGCUGAACUGAAAGCUUAACUGACAUGGAUAAUUUUUCCAGUUUGUCUGUUUUGACCUGUUUUCCACUUUUGGCUGUUUGAAAUUUAAAAUCCACUUUGAAUUCAACUUGAAUUUUCACUUUAAUGAAUAACGAAUAGUGUUAUUUUAAAGGACUACUCCACUCUUUCAACUCCCCCCCCCCAAAAAACAAAAACAAAAAAAAAAACCUCACCUUUAGUACCUUUAGUAGAUAUGCCCCCAAUGAAUACAUGCAUGCAUAUUUAUAUGUAUGUAUUCAUUGGGAGUAUAGUCUACAAUAGAUUACAAAAGCUGCAGUUCUUAUGACUGCAGCCUUUGUAAGCCCCUCCCCCUUUUGCCAGAAGAGACUUUCAGUCUCUUCACAGGGAAAUAACCAAUCAGAGGCUUCUCAUUGAGCAUUCUCAUUAAACCCCACCCCUCGUGCACUGGUGAAGCUGGUCUGAGGUCUGUUAGGGAGGGAGGGGGAGGCAGGCAGCUCAGGAGAGCCAACUGAUAUUGGAUGGAAACCUCCCUAGCUGUUUAAAUGACACCCAGGGGGGAGUUCCCUAGUUAAUUUAUAAAGUUCUGAUUUCUCAUAGAAAUCAGCACUUUUAUAAACUGGGGUUAAAUGAGGGUACUCCUCACCCAUAAAACACUUCAGCAAGCUGAAGUGCUUUUGGGGUGUGGAGUGGUCCUUUAAGGGGCUGGGGUUGUUAAAGGUUUAUUGUUUGGCACACAGGUCAUGGAACAGGGACAGUAUGAGCACAGGACCCAACUGAAAAAAACUAAAUAAAUAAAGGACCCAUUUUAGAUUGACGUACAUUUUUCCAUUAAAGUAAAUAUUUCAAUGGAAGGAAGUUUCUGGCGUGAGUGUUUUGCAUGCAUGAUCCGGCCAAACAGAUUGGUCACAAUGGCCUAAUCAUGUCUAAGGAAUGUAAAGAAAUUACUCUCUCUGCCACCCUAAAUUCUACUGGUGAUAACCUUGCAUUCACAUGUACAUAAUAAAAUAGAAAGACACAUUACUGUUAGACCUUUUACUAAAACAACAUUCUAGAUUGGUUAUUUUAUAUAAAAGAAAUAUUAAUGAACUGUUUUUUUAAUAUUUUUUAUUUAUCAAGAAAAACACUGAUCUGAACAUAAGGUGUGAUUAAUGCUAAAAAAAAUGACAUUGACCAAGUACACUGUAGGCUGCAAGAAGGUGACACCCCUGGCAGCAGAAUUCAGCUGGCCUUCUCUCUGCCAAGACAGGGAACAGUGGCUAAUGCUUUUUAUGAAAAAGUUGAAACAAGAAACAUCCUGUUUAGAAAUGCAAGCACUUUAAUGUUUAAUAUAUUUAUAAAUGUGCUAGACAAAAUGUGAUCAACAUUAUUGAUUAAAUUAAUUUUUCCUUUAAAAUUGUAGCUUAUAUCCUUAUGUCAGGCUCAUGUUAGUACGAGGUUCGAUUAACUUCUUCAUGACGUGACACAAUGCUGGGGUCUUUCGGUCGCAGUACAUUUUGUAGAACAUAACAGGAAUAGAGAUGUCGCGAACUGUCCGCCGAACUGUUCCCAAACUGUCCGCCGGCGAACAAUAGCGUGUUCGCGUUGGGCGAACAUAUCCGAUUUCCGGUCCGCCCCCUAUACGUCAUCAUUGAGUAAACUUUGAACCGGAACCUCACCGCCAGCAGACACAUUCCACCCAAUCAGCAGCAGACCCUCCCUCCCAGGAAGUGUCUGCUGACUGUGAGGUUCCGGGUCAAAGUUUACUCAAUGAUGACGUAUAGGGGGCGGACCGGAAAUCGGAUAUGUUCGCCCAACGUGAACACGCUAUUGUUCGCCAGCGGACAGUUCGCGAACAGUUCGGCGGACAGUUCGCGACAUCUCUAAACAGGAAUAGUAAAGCGGUUAAAGGAGGCAGGGACAGAGGAGCCAGCACAAUCAGUGUACGGAGCAUCGCCGCCCAUUGCAGUUGGUGCAACCACGUGUAUUCGACAUCUCCCUUCUGUCUUUUUCCCUUUUGAUCCCUGCCAGAACUAGAAACUCUGUCCACUAGCUUAUCGGAACAGAAGACCAGAAGAGAAUUACAGACAUCAAAAAGAAACAAGCUGUGGAACUGUGGAAACAAGCUCCACAGAAAAGAAUAGAGAGAGACUGACUAAAAAGAGAGAGAAACGUGUGUAGCUGGAGGACAGGGGGUGAAAGAACACUGGUACUGGUAGCAUUGCCAUAAACCAGAAGUUUUUACAAUUUUUUUUUUUACAGCCAGGAUAGUGCAAUUUAGCACAUUUAUAAAAUGCAGAUUUCUCUCAGCACUUUUAUAAAGUGUGAAAGAGGGAACACUGAGAACAAGCUGAAGUGCUUUAGAAGUUUGGAGAGCUCCUUUCAACUGGAUUACAGUCACUCCCCACUGAGGAAAUCUCUGGCAAAACAGGUCUGCUGACUUGACUCAGAUAUGCUGCUGACAUCAUUUUAAUUAAAAAUGUUAUAUGCAAUUUUCCCUCUAAACCACAUUCUACCACUCCCUUGGCAGAAAACUGUGUUGAACAACAAAAAGCAAUUCAGAUGUACACGAUGAUAUUUUGUAUGUUUUACUUUGAAUGUCACUGAAGCGCUGAAACAGUAGAGCAUACUAAUCCUCAACAGGGCUGGUGCAAGGAUUUUUGGCUACACAGGUGAAGAUGCAUUUUGACGCCCCUCCCCCCCCUUUAAAAAAUGCAUCUUCACAAGUGUCUCGUAGCCCCCCCUUUUAAAUUUGUACCCUCUUUUUGUAUUCUAUCUCCCCUUUACUAUGUCUUACACCCUCUUGUGUGUCUGUUACAACCCCCCUUGUGUAUCUCAGUCCCUUUGUGUGUUUCUAUCUUCCCCCCAGGGGCUGAAAGGGGUGGACAGGAGCUGUGACGGCAGGCAAAUCAGGUUACAUGGGCUGAGGUGAUGGAUGCAGGUCUUGAGAUGGGGUGACACAGGAGCUGAAUGGGGGACACGGGCUGUAGUUGGGGGAGGGAGACAGGAGCUGGAAGGGGACAGGGGCUGGAGAGGGGGUGGGACAGGAGCUGGAAAGUGGGGCAGGAGCUGUAAAAGGGUGACACAGGAUCUGUAGUGGGGGGCAGGAGCUGGUGACAUGAGCUGGAGAGGGGUUGACAGGAGCUGGAAGGGGACAGGGGCUGGAGAGGGGGUGGGACAGGGACUGGAGAGGGGGUGGGACAGGAGCUGGAAAGGGGGCAGGAGCUGGAGGGUUGGGGCAGGAGCUGGAGGGAUGGGACAGGAGCUAGAGGGGGACAGCAGCUAUAGAGGGGUGACACGAGCUAUAGAGGAGGGACACAUGAGCUGUAGAAGGGGGACACAUGAGCUGUAGGAGGUGGAAGACAGGAGCUGGAGAAGGGAGCGCACAGGAGCUGGAAAGGGGGGGGGCAGGAGCUUGAGGGGGAGCUUGAGAUGGGGGACAGGAGCUUGAGAGGGAGGGGGGACUGAAGCUGGAGAGGGGGAGACAGAAGCUAGAGUGGUGAGGAGGGGGCAAAGGAACUGAGAGGGGGGCACUGAAGCUCUAGAAGUUAAUAUGAGCUGUGGAGGGGGAGCACAGGGGGGUUGGACAGGGGCUGGUAAAAUAAAUAAUAAAAAUAAAAAAAAUUGGAUUAAAAAAACAAAAAUGUAUCCCUCCCCCCCUCCCUGAGGGAGGGGUGAGACAGGAGCUGGAGCCUGCAGCCAUCAUAUUUGAAGUCGGUUGGCCUCUCCUGAUGAUGUCAGGAGGAGGGGGCUUGACUUCCACAGGAAUCUGCUGGGGAAUUUGGGAGAAGAGCAGUGGAAGUCACGCCCCCUCCGCCUGACAUCAUCAGGAGAGGCUGACUUCACUGACUGCUCGCUGCAGGGAGACAGGCAAUUAGAAAGCAGAGGAUUCAGUUUUUUGCGCCCCCCUGCUCUGGCGCCGUAAAUUCUCACUAUAGUGAUAACCCUGUCACUCAUACCUUAUUCUUAGCAUGUAUAAAAAGUGUGAAUGUAUGCAUGUGUAAUUAAGUGAUUUUAUAGGAGUGAAAAUUGUGUAUGUGUAAAAAAAUAAAUAUAUGUAGAGUGACACUGGUCUUAAUGCAAAUAUUUUUGCAGAAAUUACUUUGUUGUUUUUAGAUAAUUUUCACUACAUUCAAAAUCUAUUUCCUAUGUAGGUAUAAAGUUAUUCUGUCCUUGUCCUUAGGUGGCCCAUUCUUCUCAUCUGGUAUUCCGAGUACAUUUUCCAUAUUUAUUUACUAUUAGUCAGCCAUUUGAAACUUUAUUGCAGUUAGGAAAAAAAAUGCUCCUCCGCCACAUUAAAUGUAAUAUAUUUCUUCAUUAUAUUUUUUCAACUGGUGAACUAUGACAGAUACAAAUUUGCAGCAUCGCUCUGUCAUGGUUGGUGUCACAGGCAACUUUAAAGGGACACUAUAGUCACCAGAACAACUACAGCUUAUUGAAUUUGUUUUUAGUGAGUAGAAUCACUACCUUCAGGCCUUUUGCUGUAAACACUGUCUUUUCAGAGAAAAUGCAGUGUUUACAUUACAGCCUAGUGAUAACUUCACUGGCCACUCCUCCGAUGGCUGUUCGAGAUCCUUCCUGGUUCAUGACUGCCUAAAAUGCUUCCAAACAUUCAGUAUCUCCUCCCUCUGCAUUCAGACACUGAACUUUCCUCAUAGAGAUUCAUUGAUUCAAUUCAUCUCCAUGAGGAGAUGCUGAUUGGCCAGGGCUGUAUUUGAAUUGUGCUGGCUCUGCCCCUGAUCUGCCUCCUUGUCAGUCUCAGCCAAUCCUAUGGGGAAGCAUUGUGAUUGGAUCAGGCUACCACUUCUGAUGAUGUCAGCAGACAGCUUGUUUUUCUGAGUCUAACAGCGUGCAGAUUUACAGCUUCAGGUUUAAAUACAGUAAGAUUUUGACUAUAUUUAUGGAGGCAUGAGGGGCCCAUGGGGGCCAAAUGGUGGAUUUAACACUAUAGGGUCAGGAAUACAUGUUUGUGUUCCUGACCCUAUAGUGAUCCUUUAAAUAUAAAUAUAGAUCAAACACCCUGCAACAUUUAAAAUCUUUUGUUUUCUUUUGGCAUUACAGAGACACUUUAUUUAAAUUAGCCUCCCUUGCAUCAAUUGUUCCUUUCGCUCCUCCUGUGAAAGUACCCCACUCCCACUCCCAUAGAUCACAUCCCACCAUGUGCAAAUGUUGCCUGAUUUCUACAGUUGUUGCCAGCAUCAGCUGCUGGGAUGUGAUAAAGUAGUCCCUACCCUGCUAUAUGAUAUCUUUAGAUUCCACUGGAAUGUCAUUAAAAUUCCUACACAGUCAAUAUGAGUAUUUCAUAAAGAUUAUAUCUUAAUGACAUUUUCAGAAGUUUUUUUUGUUUUUGGGGUUGUUUAUUAGUGUUAUGUAGACAGCCUACCAGCAGAUGGCAACAUUAUGAAACUGUUACAUGUUAUCUAUUGUUAUUCAAAUCUUUAUGAAAAUCUGAAUAUAUACAUUGUUUUUGCCAUUCUGUUGCCGCAUACAUGCAGUUCAGUGACAGUUUGGGAAUGAUAUAAUUUACAUAUACUGUUUUGUUGCACUUUAAUUAUAAGGCUGUAAUUUCUCCAUUAUUAAAAACAGAUACACGUAACAUAAAUAUUACAAACACAAAAGCUAUAAUAAUAUGUAAUAUUUUACUGUAAAUAAUGAUAAAAACUUAAAGCAGCACUGUCAACAACUAGUAUUUCAUAAAUAUAGAAUCUGUAUGACAUUCUCAUUAAGACUGUGUUGGAAUUUCACUGACAUUCCAACCCAGUCAAGAGAUAUACAGAGACAAAGUAGGGACUAAUUUGCCUCUGUAUUUAUCCUCCGCCGGACACUUUCUGACACAAGGCGGAGUGGCUGCAGGGAAUUGGAAGUGACGGCUACAGGGAAUUGACUGGGUCUGUGGAGGAUCCUGAGGUCUCGUAGGAUCUUUCAUGGACCUCAGUGCUGUACUCCUGCAUAUGUGCGAGAGUACAGCAGUGAUGUCUGCUGCGUUGAAUAGGAGCAACGCGCUGAAGAUGGCGAUAUUACCAUCUGGGGAUUUUGGUAAUUCGGCAGAGGGCCCCGACUUUGACAGUGUCGCUUUAACCAUUUUCUUCAAAAUUAGGAAAGGCAUACUGUCACUCCAUAAUUGCGUGCUUAAAAUUGUUAUUGCAUUCCAUCCAAGCAAAACACUAUAACCAGUAUUUCAUGGGUGUUUGGAGUUAGAAUAUAAUCUUGUGGCCUAAUCAUAUUUUUUUUUUUUAUCCUAUUUCUGGCCCUGAUAUUGCAUUGUCUCAAUAAGCCCAGAAGGGAAUAAUUUUAAAACAGUAAGCCAAAAUAAAAAUACAUUUAUACUUUAGGCUUGUGAUGCAUGACUUUGUGGUCCUGAACGAUGACCACGUGGAGACAGUAAAUAGAGUGUUCAUUAUGUAGGCUGUAUUUGAUACUGCAAUGAUGCCUUGUCCUUUGGGUGUGUUUAUUUUUAACCCUCUUCAACAUUAUUUAAGGUAAAUGUGACUGAUGGAUUUUAUAUUUGCAUGGUAAGCAGGAUCUGUGUAUAUUGGGUGACCUCUGUUUGCAUUGUACAGAUAAUUCUUUUUUUCAUGUUUUUAUGAAUAUUAUGUAGAGUUGCAUUGCUGUGUUUUAGCAAAAUUAUUAGUCAUCUAAUUAAAUGUUUUAUUUCAGGGCACAUUUAAUGCGGAUGAAGCCAGCAGCAUUGUGAAAGAGGUAGGUAUCAUUAUUGAAAAAUAUAUCUUUUAAUUUUAGGUAAAAAUAUAGAAAUUUAAACUAAAAAAAUCCAAAUGCUAUGUGAGUAUUAGACAAAAUAGACCCUAAAAUGUGCACAAGUCCCCUUUUCAGCCAAGUUUCCUAGCUCUCCCGGAAGAGAGAGAAAAAAACUAUAUUGGCAUAGUAUAGAGUAGGUAUCGACCAAUAUAAUUUUUUCCAAAUUAUCGGUGGCCAUUUGGGUCGAUUGCCAAAAAUUCUGUAUAUUUAAAGUUUUGAAAAAGCAACACAAUUUUUACACAAAUCUGGCAUUAAUUGAACAUGCUGACAACAAUCACAGACCUAUCACUCCCAGGUGGCCAGUUUAUGCUGGAAUUACUGAGGACCCAGCAUGUACAAAGAGAAAUAUAUAUAUAGAGUAGGACCUGCCAAGAAUGGAGUACAUUGAUGUUGUGGCAGGCUUAUGCAAUAUAUGAUCAUGUAAUGUAACUAAACCCCCAUUAUUUUUUUUGUCUAGGUGAGGUGUUUUUAAAUAAAACUAUUACAAUCUGUAAGAUUUGAAAUCAUUGUUUAGUGAAUAAGUGAAUGUGCUGAAUUGUGUAAUAUAUAUAUAUAUAUAUAUAAGAUUUAACAAUUGGCAUCGCAAUCCUGUUUUAUCAUGUCACAGUCAGGACUCACUACCACAUUACGCUGAAGGAGGAGAAAGAGAAGAAUGGUGGCAAUUUAUCAAAGGGAAGUGACAAUUAAAUUCCCUCAUUAUUUUGAUUAUAUUAAAGUGCUCUGAAAGUACUCUCGAAAGUGACUGUUUUCAUCUUAGUAAAUUCUGCCAGUUUUUACAGAAAUUACCAUUUGAGAAAUAGGCCAAAUUUAGUGUGACGGAACAAAAGAUAAGUUAAACAGGACACAUUUCUGUCAGGAAAAGUGAUGAAAAGAUUGAUAAAUCUGUUGCGUCAAAAAAACAGGGUAUAUUCAAAAAAGACAGGGUUAACAAAUUCUGCCAAAAAUGUAGAUCUAAAAUGUUGACGACACUUUAAUAAACGUCCACCUUUGUUUCUGUUUCUCCUCUCUUUGUGUUUUCUCUAUACUGACUGCCCCGUGCAAAGGGCACUACAGGGAUUGACAGGGAGCUAAGCUUUCAGUUCUAAGAUAGAGGGAUUUCUAUCGCGAAAACACAUUUGUGAAAUGUAUAGGAUAACUGUACAAAACUUUGUUUGUUAUCCUUUAAAUUGUAUUAAAUAAAUUGUAGAAUGCAGUCUGAUUAUCUCUUCUUUAAGCACCCCACCAGUAGCAUUGAUUUUAAAAUUGCUCAGUAGUAUACAUGUUCUCUAGCCAUCACUCAUUUACAGAGACAUCUAGUCACCCAAUUAAAGAAAGCCUCUGUUGUGUCUGUGUAAACAACAUUGCAUAAUGGCAAGCAGAGAGCAUAGCUAGUGAGAAUAUAACAGCGGCAUUCAUUAAGUGGUUUUUAUCAGUCUAUUCAUUCCAUGGAGAAAAGGAUGAACAGAGACUUUUCAUAAUACAUAUUCUAAAGAGGCUUGAAUUGGUAUCAUUGUGAUUUGAGAUGUUUUAGGAUAAACUAUAGCAACCAGUGGCGUACACACGACCCAUGGGGCCCCGGUGCGAAAAUUGAUUCGUGGGCCCCCCCGCUCUUACUCUGCGCGGGCCGGGGCCGCAACACAUGGCGGCGGGCACCUGGUCGCAGGGGUCGCAGGGCUGCGACCGCGGUAUGUACGCCAGUGCAUGCAGAUGCACACACUUAAAGGACCACUACAGACACCCAGAUCACAUCAGCUCAAUGAAGUGGUCUGGGUGCCAGGUCCCUCUAGUUUUAACCCUGCAGCUGGAAACAUAGCAGUUUCAGAGAAACUGCUAUGUUUCACUAAGAGUUAAUCCAGCCUCUGGUGGCUGUCUCACUGACAGCCGCUAGAGGUGCUUCCGCAAUUCUCACUGUGAAAGUCACAGGGAGAAGACGCUGGACGUCCAUAGGAAAACAUUGAGUAAUGCUUUCCUAUUGGCGGUUUGAAUACGCGCAUGCGCAUUCAGAGCUGAGAGGCGGAACGGGGCAGAGGGAUCCCCAGCACCAAGGGAGUCUGGCGCUGGAGAAAGGUAAGUGCUGAAGGGGUUUUAAACACACACACUCUCACGAACAGACGCAUACACACUAGCUAACAGACACACUCAGCGACGUACAUACCUACUCACUGACAGACAGACACACAUACACACUCACUUACAAAACAUACACUCUCACUGACAAACACACACUCACUAACAGACAUCAGACUCACUCACAGACACACACUCACUGACACACAACUAACACACACACUGACACUCACUAGCAGACACACACUCAAUAACAGACACACACAAACUAACACACUCACUAGCAGACACACACACACACACUCUAACACUAACACACACACACACACUCUAACACUAACACACACACAUACACUCUAAUACUAACACACACACACACACACACUCUAACACUAACACACAUACACAAACACUUUUUAAAAAAAUGUAAUCCCCCAGCCUCCUUACCUUUGGGAGAGCUGAGGGGAUUCCCUGGGGUCCAGUGGUGCUGCUGGGCGGCCAGUCCUGCGGGCGCGUGAGGGAGCACUCUCCCCUGAGCGCUUUCUGCCCAGCUCCCUCGCGUGCCGUGUACUGAUGCCGGAGCCGGAAUGACGUCAUCAGUACGCGGUGCACGAGGGAGCUGGGCAGAGAGCGCUCAGGGGAGAGUGCUCUCUCACGCGCCUGCCAGCCAGCCCGGUGACACCAGGUCCAGCCUCGGGGGGGCCCUGAGGUGGCCAGCUCCUGGGCCCCCCAGAAGAAGAGGCUGGCCACACUGGCGUGCAUACCGAGUCGCAGGACGGCCGGGCCCCCUGGUGGGCCGGGCCCUAGUAUGUACGCCACUGAUAGCAACGAAUUGUAUGAGCACUAGUGCUGGUUUAUAGAAUUUAGAAUGUUUUGUUUAAAGAAAACUAUUUUAUCUAAGGCAAGGCAUUAUAAUAUGUUGCCAAGCAGGUACAUUACAACCCCUAUAAUGCUCAUCCAGGCAUUGUGCCCAUCUCUUAUGUAAGGAUCUCCUUCUUAAAGGGAUCCUAUAGUGCCAGGAAAACAAAGUCACUUUCCUGGCACUAUAGGUUUCUAAGGUACCUCCCUCCCCCACCCUCCCUCCUACAGUGCUGAAGGAGUUAAAACCCCUUCAGUCACUUACCUGAAUCAUAAUCAGGCUCCGCCCAUGCUCCUCCGCCGCUGCCAGCCGGCGGGGGAGACCUAAGGCACAGGCGCUGCAAUUAUUCAAUGCGUUCCUAUGGGGAAAAAAAAUGUGAUGCUGGAGGUCCUCGUGCACAGCUUGAGGACGUCCAGUGUCAGAUAACGGACCAAAGGUCCGUUUCGAUUCAGGAAGCCCUCUAGUGGCUGUCUGAUAGACAGCCACUGAGGGCAGACUUAGUGCUGCAAUGUAAACAUUGGAGUUCUCUGGAACUGCAGUGUUUUACAUUGUAACACUAGGUGCAAAAGGGACAAAGCACCCAGACCACUUCAAUGAGCUGAAGUCGUCUGGGUGCCUACAGUGUCCCUUUAACGUCAACUGGUGCUCAUAUCAUAAAUAUAAAUUAUAUGUAUAUUUGUUGGCUUUAGCAACUGUUAUAUACAUACUUACCUUCCACUGCUUGCUCCUUUGCCUGUCAGUGUUAAAAUAUUAAAUUGGUGGGUGACACCCACUCUCUGAUCUUCCCUUGCCCUUACACCUUUGUGAUGUGAUUAGCUCUGUCUUAAAACACUUACCGAAUAAGAAAAUCCUUCUUCAUGAUGACGAGAUUGCCAGCAUAUUAGCAUCGGAAUGGAGUGACAUCCUCCAGCUAGCAAGAGUAGCAUGUGUGCAUGCGCUCUGAGCCGGAGAAACGUUCCAUUCAAAUGCUCUUGCUGACAUCAGAGGGAAAUCUGCACAGAGAGCUUCACCGCUCUCUGUGCUGAAUUCAAGGUAAGUUAAACAGUAUUUUCGCACCUUUUAAAGGACGGGAAGGGAGACCUAGCUAGGGCAUCCCUAAGUAAAUAACGCAUACGUAAAUAACACAAGUCUUAACAUGGGUUACAGUAAUAACCAUUAUGGUUAAUUGUCUGUAGUUUAGCUUUCUUUACAAGGCCUAGAAGUACUUAGCUACACAGCCAGUUACAGCACUGCUAAAAUAAACAGUCAAGCAUAUAUCUCGUAAUGGCUUCAUGAUUUAAACUUAAAGGGACCCUCUAGGCACUACAACCAUUUCAUCUCAUUGAAUUGGUUGUAUGCUUGGAGUCCCCUGGUUUCUUCACCUUGAAGCAGAUUAAAGGGCCAUUUCACUGCCAAAAUAAAAAAAUAAAUCACUGCUAAUUAAAUAUGCCCCAAAUAAAAACAUGCAUGCAUUUAAUUAUGCAUUUUUCCAUUGGGGGUACAUUUGCAAAAGCAUCUCUUUCCUAAAGACUUUGCAAGCCCAGCUCAGACUUUCUGUGGAUGUCCAAUCGCAAACUGUCAAUGCAGCUCAAUGAGAAGUCUCUGCAAGGCAGGUGUCUGGGCAAAUGUCUGCCUCUUGCCUCUACACUGAGCUAACCAAACCAGGAAGUAACUGGACCUGUUGUCUAAUUGACAGCCGGGGGGGGGAGGUGGGGGAUGACUAUUUCUAUUCUGAACGUUUUGUAAAAUGAAAAAAAAGAGGACACAGUCUUUACAAAUAAAGCAUUUUAGCAAGCUAAAGUGCGUUAGGGGUCCGGAGUGUCCCUUUUAAGAAACAUAACUAAUAUGGGAAUAAUUGAAUACAAACAGUGUAUAAUUAUGAAUUAAUAUUUGUGUGUCUGGAAUCUUUGCAGUGUGUAGAGGUCAUCUUGGGUGGAGUAGACUAUGAUGAAAACAGAGUCAAUGAGUGGAUGUCUGCAGUGGUGGAACAGUCAUUAACACACCUUGUAAAGAUGGGGAAGGCAUAUAAAUACAUUGGUAAGUUUAACCUUGGUACUUUGGAUUUUAACCCCCUCACUCCGGAGACCUUUUAGAUAAAAAAGAGUAACAUUAUUUAAAACAUCAACAAAGGCAUCAAAACCACUUUAUCUUAAUGAAGCAGUUUGGGUGUAUGGAUCAUGGCACUGCCCUCUUACUGCUCAAUUCUCUGCCAUCGUUCUGAUUUUCAUUCACCCCCGAUCACGUUAGUAAAUAAACCGCAAUGUAUGCUGACCUGUCCUAAUCUAUUACAUGUGUAGUAGGGAGUAACAUUUUGAUAAUGCAGUGUGACACCCAUGGGAGUGUUCAAGUGCCAGGAAUUGAUUUCUUAUUGCCAUUUCAAACUUGCACACUGUGUUUGUUUUGAUGGAAUGUGCUCAUUAUAAUUAUUUUAGUUUUGCUAUUCUUGAGUAUUCAAUUUUUUAAAAUUUUUUUUUUUUUACUUUCAAAUGUGACAUUUUUUUCAUUGCCGUCUUUGUGUAAUUUCCAGUGUCCUGUAUUGUCAUGCAGAAAAGAGGAGGAGGGCUGCACACAGCAAGUUCUUCAUUUUGGGAUAACAACACUGAUGGUAAAAUGUUAUAUUCAAUUUAAUUUAAAAAAAAAUAUGUCAGCUAUUAAGAAAGUAAAAAUAACUGUAUUCCAACAUUACAUUUUUUUUUCAUUUAAUGUUAAACUUUUUGGUAAAAUGUAGUUUCUACUGUAUAUUUAGAAGCAAAUUCAUUACAUAUAGAGAUGCACAGCUAUGUUUUAUAAUUUCCAGAAUGAAAACUAGUAAACAAGUAAUUAUUAUAAUUUCUCAUUUAUAUAAAGAAAACAAAUAUGAAACACCACAUCACCGAUUACAUGUAAAUCCUAUUCAAACCUCAAGGUUUAAGGUUCAAUUCCACCUCAAAAACAUAGCUCACAUCCGCCCCUAUUUAACACCAGACGCAGGUGCUGGUCCAUGCCGUUGUUCUUUCUCGCCUUGACUACUGCAAUCCCCUUCUUAGUGGUCUCACGUGUUGCCAACUUGCCCCAUUGCAGCCUAUAAUGAAGGCGGUGGCAAUGAUCAUUUUCCUGUCCGCCCACACCUCCCACGCCUCCCUCUGUGUCAGUUCCUACAUUGGCUUCCAGUUAAAUAUAGGGCUCAAUUUAAGAUUCUGGUGCUUGCUUACAUGUCCCUACAAAUAUGUCCCGUCGAGGCUCCCAAGCUCUGCCGAAGACCUCCGCCUAUCCUCUGUCCGUACAUCUGAUGCUCGCCUCUAAGACUUCUCCACGGCUGCACCUUUUCUGUGGAACUCCCUUCCCUUCUCUGUUAGACUUUCACCCAGUCUCCACUCCUUCAAAAAUAUUUGAAAAUAAACUUCUUCAGGAAAGCAUAUCAUUUAAACUGUUAGCAGAUUUCCAUUCCCCCUCACCACCCCCCAUGACUCCUCUCCUGCAACUGUCAAAAAUAACCUACUAAGUUCCCAGUGAAUACUUUUCUAGCAACCUAUUUCAUUACCCCUACUUAUACCCUUUGUGUCACUAUACCACACUCCCUCUAACAUGUAAGCUCAUUGAGCAGGGCCUUCAGCCACUCUGUUCCUGUGCGUCCACUUGUCUGGUUACAAUUACGUGUCUGUUAGUCCAUCCAUUGUACAGCGCUAUGGAAUUUGCUGGCGCUAUAUAAAUAAAAAUAAAUAAAUUAGUAAUAAUAAUAAUUUCAAGCACAGUUAAUUAAUGGUUAUUUUCUAAAGUGAUAAUUGUCUGUAAUUUAAAGUGAACAACUCUCACUUUAGAAAAAAUCUUUCUUCUAAUCAAUGUUAAAGGGAUAUUGCAAGCACCAUAACUGUUUGCAUUGGAUAUUUUGGUAAGAGGCUCCUCUCUACCUGUCCUAGUACAGAAUAAGCCCACUCAAAAUGCUCACAUUAGACAAGUCACCAUCUACACUGACUCAUGUAAAGAAGCCUAGGCUGCAUACCUGUGCUUUCACAUGAUUGCAUCUUGUAGCUCAACUCUUAAAGCAAUGAAGCUGUCACAGUCAGCUGCUCUCAGUUGAAAUGACAUUCUAAGCAUCAAAACAACUUUAGCUCAAUUAACUGGUUUUGAUGUAUAGAUCAUGCCCUAUAAAACUAUCCAGGAUUCAUGCUGAUAAGGAACCAUGCACUGUGUUAUUUCCUAUUACUGGGAACAGGCUUUGCUACAUGUGCUAGUUUAUAUACAGUCAUCUGCAGCACAAUACAUAUCAGAGGGUGGGACAUGUGUAUUUUAGUGUGACUGUUUGGCAGUGUGUAUCUGUGUUAUAUAUAUAUAUAUAUAUAUAUAAUAAAUAUAUAUUGUCUGUGUGUGUGUAUGUAUGUGUAUAUAUAUAUAUAUAUAUAUAUAUAUAUAUAUAUAUAUAUAUAUAUAUAUGUAUGUGUGUGUGUGUGUGUAACGAACCCGCUCUACUUUGUAUAGUACGUUCGUUCGCACUCUCCUGAACUCCUAUAAGGAAGUGUAAAUUAUAGCCCGUUCGUAUAGUACGGUCAUUCAUACUCUCCAAAAAUCCAACCAGGUCGUGAGAAAUAAAGUGCACCGUCAUUCGCAUACCCAAACAUCAGUCGAGACUUGAUGAAGGGUAUAACAGGAAUGUUUUAUUAUGGCCAGAUGGCCCACUUUUAUACAGAGAACCCCAGCAUGGGGUCUCCAGCAAAAGUAUAGGAAAAACAGGCCCAGACGUCUCUGUGUCUGGGUGAUAAGUGAGUUUACUUUACUUAAACUAAUUACCUCCCAGGCACUAGAGGUACAAGGAAAGAAACAUAAAACACGCCAAAACAUACAUAAUAUUAAUAGGGACCCCCACAAGUCUUAUAUUCCCAGAUAACUUGGAUCUUAGUGCCCAAAGUGUCCAAAUAGCGCUCAGACCCCACAAAUACAGCCAAAUCGCCACAGGAGUAAAGUUUUGACCGACCGCACAUGUGGUGUCUGCCCAAAAUAGUUCCAGAAGAAAAGUGGUAGCGGUCACUUUCGGGAGUCCCAAAAUGAACAAAAUACCGAACGGUUCCUUUGGUUCAUAGGUAGCGAUUGUUUGUCUAGUUUGUGUGUAUCUUUUCACCGAAGAGCGCUUUCCUGGCUUUUCGGGAAUAGAAGCAGGCGGCGGUGUUACGGGCAAAUGCAAAUAUUACAAGUUUUAGAAUGAAAUGUUGUAUUUCUUAAACUGUGUACUUUGUCUUUAAGAGAUAUUGCAAACUGACAAGGUGUUAGAAAUGGAACAUAUUGUUUUUCAUAACUGUUUCUUUAAGCAAUAACUUCAGUGCAUAAUAUGUUUGCGCCAUUUUGUCCCAGACGAAUUACAAUAACAAUAAUGCAUAAACAAGCUUCAAGGCUAUGCUACGACACUUGCAGUACACAAUAUACUGUGGUAACCCCAAGUUAAUGGAACUUCCCCAAAUCCGGGAAUCUCCCACGACUGUACACUUACGACUUAGUAUAAACAACAGAUAACCUAUUCAGACUUUAAGAUGCCAUCUUGAACUAAGUCAGGAAAAUUUCCAUGACGUAUACACCCUUUAGUUAUGGCCUUGUAUGUUUGCCAAAUUAAGGGAGGUCCUAAAUUGAAUAAAGUAAAAGAAGUGUUACUUUUUCAUAUUUGAACUACAGUAACCUUAAAAUGGAGACACCUAAGGUAUAAAUAGGUGUACUUUUAAAUGUUAAGACACAGAGGAGAGACUUGGAGACAGACGCUGCUCCAUCUUAAAAUGACAGAGAGGCUGACAUGAUGACAUGUUCAGAAGGGUAUGUUAACCUAUUAAUGAUAUUUGCAAGCAUGUAAUUUAAAUCUUAUAAACUCUGCUAUAAUGGAUUUUAUAUUUUUAUAUAAUAAAUAUCCAAAAGACAAUCUUGCUUCCAAGACAAUCCUUAUUUUAUAUUGUAUUCUCAAUUAUCUAUAUAUGUUAAAUAGAGGAUCUCUUACACUAUAUAAAAUUAUGGCUAAGAUAUCUGUAUGGUUAGCCCUACUAAGUUCUAUGCUUUAAGACAUUAUAGUGGUAAAUAAGGGAACCACCAGCGGUUACAAUUGGCGACCACGAAGGGACUUUGUACUUGGAAGCUUUAAAUAUAAAAUAAAUACCUAGGUAACCUCUUAUACGUAAGAGAAGACACAAUACUUUGUCAUGGCACAAGUCUUGAAAUAUCAAGAAUCUAUUGAGCUACUUGUAGCCCAGACUCAGAGAGAGAUCAUUAGAGAUGAUUUUAAUGUGAACAAGGCACUGUGAGUUUAGGUGCCAGGUACAACGUAAUUAGCAUACAAUGCUGAAAUUGUGGAUCUUAACUAAUAUCAUAAUAGAACAAAUGCCUAAUACACCAGCAUAGCAUGGCCCGUUAGUUCCAGGACAGUGGAUUGCAGACAGGGGGAUAUGUUCUCUUUGUAGCUGCUUAGUAUGCAUGCGCAGGAAAAAGAUUAAUGCAAAAUGUUGUCAAAAGAAAAGUGAUAAGACAGAGCGAUGAAAUUUGAAGUCUAUUUCCAAGAAUGCAAAGAAAAUUGCAUUAUGGCUUAAUGAAAACAUUCAUGCCACAUAAGCAACAGACAGACAGGAUUUUUAAUUAUUGCAUUACUGCAUUCUGGAUUCUAAUGUCCACUAUAUAAGAAAUGUUUUAUAAAACAGUGAUAAUUUUGAUAUUGUCAGUUACACUAGCUGUUGAUUAAAAAUCAGGAAUUAUAACAGCAUAACUAUUUUUGGAGUCUGGAAUUUCCAGCCAAGGUUGCAGAGAUACAGAGACAUGUAAACAUUCCAAGGAAUUGAGAAGUCGUUGUUUUAUAUUCCAAAUUAUGAACAACAUUAUUACAUACAGCCAUAGAGAGAAAGACAUGGCUAUUAAAUACAUUGAGUGCAGUACAAUGCAGUACACUGCAGCAUAUAUAUUAUAUAAUAUAAGAUAACUAGCUUAUAUUUUUCCUAAACAGAGUUGAAAUUAUACUACCCUUCUAGAAAAAAGGGCAACAGGUGGUUAUACAUCCUUUGCUUCUCUAAAUGCUCAGCAAAAAAUUAAAUAUUUAGAAAAUAAUUAAAAAUAAUAUAUAUGUAAGAUAAAUCAGGGCUAAAUAAAAUGGUAACUAUACAGGAUCUCUAAUAACUUUUAAACUGAAAUUAUUAAAGGCUUAAAUAACAUUUUUAAAUACAUUUACAGCUUUAAAUGUGACCAAAAUAUAUUAAAUGAGGUGUUAAGCAGCCAGCCCAAUUCACUAGAAUAGCAUAAGUAUUCUACUAUUUAAAGUGCACAAUUCCUGCACAUAAUGACUUUGCUUACUCAGGUACAGUCUUUAGUCUAUUGCAAUGGCAGGAUUAAAGUCCAUCAAUUUUAAAAGGGAAAGCUUACUUAAAUCAGUGGUACUAUCCCACCGUACUAGCAGUAAAGAAAUUAGAACAAUUAUAUUGUACUACUGACUGUAAUCAGAUCAAACACAUGUAAUCUCAGUGAAUUUCAUAAACUAGGUUUUUAUAAAAUACGAUUAAAUAAAUAAAUGUAUAGAGACUAAGCAUUAAGAGCAUUUACAUGCAUUCAGCAGCCUGCUCUCUCAAAGCCAGAAACAGAUUUAUAAAAAAUAAAAAGUAGGUUUUAAAAAGUCCGCAAUCACCACACAUGAUGGGUGUAAUAAUUGCUUCUUUAAAAGCUAUAUGCUGCCGCAAUUAUGUAUAUAAAUACAGAUUAGGGCACAGAGUAGAUAUAAAAAUACAGUUUCAAAUCUCAUAUAUGAGGAUUCAGUUCCACCACAUAUUCUACAAUUCUGAAAGAGGCUAAUUUUAAUAAUAUGUUGUAAUAGCAUUGUGAAUAUAUAUAAUGCAAAAUUAAUUUGAUAUUGCAAGGCUGCAAUAUUCUAAACAGACAUUAAAAUUUAAGAAAAAAAGAAAAAGAAUAAUGCAUAAAAAAAUGCUAUGUCAAUUAAAGUGAUAAUACUCUGAUAUAUUAAAUCACAUUGCAUAUCACAUAUCUGCUAUAUGAAAAGUAUAAUUAAGGUGACUUUUUUUUAUAGAAUCUAUACUUUUCAGUGGUCACUUCUAAAGAAGCCUCUGAAACUGGGGGGCUCAGAGGGGUGCUCAUCCCAAAAGGAAUCAGAUUACAGACUUAAAGAAAAAUAAAUGAUAGAAAAGGAAUCACAGGAACGCCCAGAACAUGCAUUUUUGUAUAUAAUCUUAAUAUGCAGAUAUUUUAUGCAGUAAAGACAUAUACAGGAUAGUUAAUUAAAUAUGCAGGUAUCUUUAAAAAUUAAGCAAUGUUAAAAAAAAUACAAAAAUAAAAUAAAUAAUAAUAAUAAAAAAUAUAUAAACAGUCACAAUAUAAACAGCUUUGUUAAACAGAUUUAAGUACAAGUACUUAUGACAAGAAAUAUACAGAAUCCGUUUACAACAGGCAGGUUUAGCAUAAAUGCAAAGUUGUUGUUUUGGGGGAUUUAAUGAACAGUUUGCACGACACUUAUAAAAUAGUUUGUUAUACUGCACAUUAUAGCUGUGACAACAUAAUACACAUGGUAACAAUGCUAUGUCACUGUUUAAUAGACUUACCCAGUAUUUAAGGACGACAUGUUUCUUGCAAAGUAAUCGGGACUUUGAGGGAGGUUCUAACUACGUUUAAUUAAUUAAUUAAUUUACUAAAGGAAAAGAAAAAAGAAGUGGUUUUGUUUUUCCCCUGCAAGUGAGUUUUCAGCGCAAGGUCAUUUUGUGUUCACAGACUAUUCGGAUUUUAAAAAAGCUGUUCUUUAUCUCACAUUAUGAACGGCCUUGUAAUUCCUAUGCACACUAAAAGUUGGCUUUUAAAUGUUAUUGUUUUAACUUUAAUAUUUCAUAGUUAAUACAGAGGAUAAAGUAAUUUAAAUAAAGUAUAUUGAAAGUAUAUUAAUUGAUAGGAUUUCAUUUAUCUAUUUUGGUUCACUGUUCACGGAUCUCGAAUCUCAGUCUGGUGUUCAAACAGUUUUUCUUACGAUACGUCGUGAGUUUAUAUCCACAACUGCAUUUUGCUUUGUGGAAACAAAUUGAAAGCCUGGCAUUGUAAUACGUGUAUGGACAUGCUUAUAACAAAGCAUGGUCCCUCUCCUCAUCUAGUUGGUCAUUAACAGGCACUUUGAUGCAAUGUGUCUACCAACGCUUUUCUGUGGUCAUUGGAUCACAAAAGCAUACCCUAUCUCUCAGUCAUGAUGCAGAGUUUAUGCUUGCAAGGAUAUCCAGACCUUAUCCACCUGGUAUCCGCAUAAAUACUCCUAUCGUUUAGAGGGGUUAAUUACAUAAUAACCAUUGAAGGUAAUAUGUUGGUUGUUCUUCCUAUAGAGGAAAGAUGGACUUGCCCUAAAAGCUUUUUCAUGGCUAGGACAAGCUCUUAUAGAGAGAGGUAAUGUACUUCUGACUCCUGUAAAGGAAUAUUGGUGGUCACAAUAUGGGAAAUACUGUAAUUCAUGUGUUUAGUAAUCAUAAGCAUUUGCUUAUUGCCACAUUACUGAUGUACUGUUUAUUGAUCCAAAAGACAAUCUUGCUUCCAAGACAAUCCUUAUUUUAUAUUGUAUUCUCAAUUAUUUAUAUAUGUUAAAUAGAGGAUCUCUUACACUAUAUAAAAUUAUGGCUAAGAUAUCUGUGUGGUUAGCCCUACUAAGUUCUAUGCUUUAAGACAUUAUAGUGGUAAAUAAGGGAACCACCAGCGGUUACAGCGGUACAAAGUUACCGGUGUUAGCGAGUUAUAGUGUCCAUCUUGGAGUUCCAGACACUCGAUCAAGUACUGCUGCCUGCGUUUGGGGGACAAGAUGGCCACCAUUUUCCAGAGCACAUGUCUUUCGGAUGGUGGCUAACCAGAGAGAGUACUUAACUUUGUGAUUAAUAUGAAGAUAAUGAGCCUGGGGAUGGUCUACGUUUGGGAGAUAGAACUACCAAAUAAAGGGGACAAAUAACUUGGACUUAGAAGAAUAACAGGGUUUCUAGGUAAUUUGUCACAAUAUAUAUAUAUAUAUAUAUAAAAAGUAAAAUAAUUAAAAUAAAUGAAACCAAAGAUGGCUAGGGAUGCACUAACCUGAAUAUAUAUCUGUCAGGGUUAUUAACUAAAGUGAAAAUUGUUGGUCAAUAUAUGUGAACUGAAAACAUAGUUGCGUUGAAGAUUUUUUCCUGUUCGACUUAUUUAAUUUUAAACGUAAAAUUCACAACAAUUAUCACAUUAUCACAAGUGUGUGUGUGUGUGUGUGUGUGUGUAGGUGUAAGCGGGUAUGUUUGUUGGGGAGCCAGGCCAGUGUUUUUGUAAGAGGCCCUUAGUGUUCUGAUAACUGGCAAUAUUUAUUCCUUUCAGUCCAUACUAACUGAAAAGGCACACUGACUGAAAGGGGGUAAUAGGGCAGGGUGAGUAGUUCUUCCAUGGACAAAAUUUAAAGUUUUAACUAGUUCUUCUAUGUACCCCAAAUUUAUACCCUGGGUAACAUAUGGCCAAUGGUCAAAUCAUUAAUGGGACGAGAUAUCCACCGGAAAGAGACGCAAGCACGAGCUGACUUUCUCCCGAUUGGCCAGCGGAACAUCUCCCCUCCCUGAGCCCUGAUUGGUGCAUAUUGGUUUUGCUACCUUUUUCCUGAUUGGCAGCCGCGUGGUUUAUGCGCGAAGAUUGAAUCUACCGGCCUAAACCAAGUGAUUCUGUGGAACUAUUUUCGGGUAUGUACAGAGCCUCAAAGCACAGACUUUAUAUGACGAUUUCUCGGGCUCUGUACAUCCGAUAGCUCCGCUAUUUGCUGGGAUCAUAGCUGGGACCAGGAGCUAUCCAGUUAUGUAUGUUUUAUGUGUAUGCCCCAUUCCCUUGGAGCGGAGCACCCUAAAUUUCCACAAGGUAUCAUGCAAGACUUACCGGCGGAGGUGCUCUUAGGAAACGAUUUAGGGCACCUCACCUCCCAAUUUACCCUAGCCCCACCAGAGGCUGUGUGAUCUGUGAACACCUGACAACAAGCCCGGAACACCGAUCUUCUGAUCUCCGAGGACCAGUAGGUAAGGCAAAAUGCCCAGUCCCAGACUGACCAUAUCCCCCUGGGUUGGGACACCCCCCAACAUUUCAUGAGGAAACUUAAGGAAGACCCUAAGCUAUACGGGUACCACAGACAGGCAGAGAUGGCAUCAGGAGGGUUAGAGACUGAACGUAUUGAAUGGGUGGGAGACCCAUUAUACCGGGUGACAGGGUGAGUUAGGAGGGGGGCAGCAAAAAUUCCCAAGAGACAGCUGGUAGUACCGCGGAAAUAUCAGAUGAAGCUAUUAAAGCUUACCCACGACAUUCCCCUAGUGGGACAUUAAGGCAUUUGAAAGACAACUCACCGGCUCACGCACACAUUCUUCUGGCCAGGAGUCACUCAGGAACUACAAUAAUACUGCAGAACCUGUGAUACGUGUCAGCGAGUAGGAAAUAGAGGUGACCAUCCCAAAGUGGAACUAAGGUCAUUACCCAUAGUAGAUGAACCUUUUUUAUAUCGAGUAGCAGUAGAUCUCAUAGGGCACCUAGUUAAGCCGAGCCCCUCAGGGAAAAAAUAUAUUUUAACGGUAGUCGACUAUGUCACCCGAUAUCCGGAAGCUGUAGCUCUUUCCAAUGUCCAUGCUGAAACUGUGGCCGACUCAUUGGUUGAGAUAUUCUCCCGGGUUGGAUUCCCCAGAGAAAUCUUAUCCAACCAAGGAACCCUGUUUAUGGGUCAGAACAUCUCCAAAAUGGCAAGUCUUGUGUGGUGUUCCCUGUAUGCAGUAGUUAGUACCUACCAAAAAUGGUGCAAGGAAGGACAACUGGUGAACUAGCGUCAGGAUCAUGGGCGACCAAGGCUCUUUGAUGCUCGUGGGGAGCGAAAAUUAGCCUGUCUUGUCCCAUCAUACAGAAGAGCUACUGUAGCUCAAACUGCUGAAAAACUUAAAGCUGGCCAUGGUAAAAAGGUGUCAGGCUACGCAGUGCAUCACAGUUUGCUGUGUAUAGGGCUGCAUAGCCUAUUCCGGUCACCGUGCCCAUGACGUCCCCUCUCCACUGACGAAAGCAUCUUCAAUGGGGCUGUGAGUGUCAGAACUGGGCCAUGGAGCAAUGGAAAAAGGUUGCCUAGUCUGAUGAAUCAUGUUUUCUGUUAGAUCAGGUGGACAGCAGGUUGCAUGUGCAUUGUUUAACUUGGGAAGAGAUGGCAUCAGGAUGCGCUAUUGGGAGAAGGCAGGCCAGCAGAGGCACUGCUAUGUUUUGCUAGGAAACUUUGGGGCCUGGCAUUCAUGUGGAUAUAACUUUAACACAAACCACCUGCCUAGAAAUUAUUCCUGACCACAUACACCUCUUCAUUGCAAUAUUGUUCCCCUGUGGCAGUGGCCUAUUUCAGCAGGAUAAUACACCAUGCCACACUACAAAAAUUGUUCAGGAAUGGUUUGAGGAACAUGACAAAAAAAGAACAGUGUUGUCUUGACCUUCAAAUUCCUCAGAUCUCAAUCCUAUUGAGCAUCUAUGGGUUGUGCUGGAACAACAAAUCCGAUCCAUGAAGGCUCCACCCCGCCAGAUUCCACAGGACACAUUCAGAGGUCUUGUGGAGUCUAUGCCUUAUCAAAUCUUAGAGCACCUGUUUGAUAUUUAUAAAAAUAACUUUAUGCAUGAGAACAAAAAAGGCCACAAUAUAAACUUUUAUUCUUAUAAGAAACAUGUAUGAAUCGAUAGACGGUAACAGAAAGUUAUAGGGCUAUAAAGUUUUAUUGUUUGCAACAAUUCCUAAGCAUUUAAACAUUUGUUAGAUCAUCCCUAUUUUGACCAUGCUGGCGCACUGGUACCCAGUUAUGGAGGGAGUCUUUUAAUAUUCAAAUAACUGAUUUUUUUGCUGAAAGAUAAUGUGUCACAUAUUUGGGCAAAGCUCCCUCAAAGACACAUCUGAGAAGGUAUCUUGCGGAUGAAUAUAUGAGCUAUUUGUCAAGUUAAAGUAUAAUGCAUUUUAUAUUAAUCCUUAUUUUUGUACACAAAAUAUGUACUUAAAAAUGUAAAAUGUUAAUUUGUUAAAAUAUUGUACUAAUUUUGCUUUUGUUCAUUUUUAGGCCGCUGCUCAGUACGAUGGGAAAAUCGAACCAUGUAUUGCAUUGUCAAUGUGUUUGCCGUUGCCAUUAACUUAUAGCCAUUGAAGAAAGUUGCUAGUACCUAUGCACACUUCAGACCUUAAAAAGUUCACAACCAGGACUUUCACAAGCAAAUCCUAUUAUUGGUAUUACCAAACUACAGCAGCUUAGCUGUCUAUUUUAAAAGGCAGGAAAAAAAGCACAGUGUACUUCAUGCAUCUGAACACUAUUGAAAUUCCUCAUCAUAUAUAAACUGACUAAGCCUGCCCUGCCAUGCAUUGUUGGUAACCCUUGCACUAAACAGGAUCAUGUCACAAAGUAUUACUCUUUCUCAUGUUUUAUAAUAAACAGAUCCUCAGGAAUAUAGGAGCACAAGCUAAUCAAUAACAGAACUCUGAAUUCAGGAAAUGGGUACCAAGUAUGAAUGUUAUUUCAUUGUAAUUGGGGCAGGCAGAUGUGGGCAUUGUUGUUACUAUAUUACUCCCAUUAUUAUUAUAUCAGGGAACCCUUUGUCCUCAGUGAUCGAUUUUCAGCUCUGAGUAGUAGGAUCCCAUGGCAGUGCCUAUUUUUCAGUUUUAAAGUGGGUUUAGCAGUGCCCACUUACUAUUGAUUCUUCAGUCAUUUUUUUCAUAUGAUGAUGUGAUAUGGCCGAGCAAUGUAUACUGCCAAGCACUGUAUUACUGCAAGUCAUGGGAGUGGUAACCUUUAAAUGGCUAACAAAACACAUUUUUUUUACGACUUUGCAAAUCUAUGUUAAUUUGGAAAGUAUGCCAUACUUGCCUGAAAUACUGUCACAAAAAUAUACUUUAAGAUCAUUGUUGCAUGGAUUAAUGCUGUUCUGUUAAGGAGGAGCCAAAAGAUGCUUCGUUUGCUAAUUCAUUUACAUUUUAAUGCUAUGUAAUUGCCAUUGUUGAAGUUAAAUGCUAUGUAAUUGCCUUCGUUGAAUUUUAUGCUGCAGGUGUGUAAGUGGUAAAUAUUUGCUUUCCUGUGUAGCUAGAUCAAGGCUGUCCAACGUUUGUUCCCCGUAGCAGAAUGCAUUUUGGAUGUGACAAAUCAUUAAAUUUGAAAAACAUGUAUAGUGUGUGAGUGUCUGUGUAUGUGUGUAGACACAAAUACUGCUUUGUAGAGGUAUUUAGACAUUAUCACACAUCACUGAUUUACUAGUAGUACAAUGGGAUAUUAUGUAGGGAUAAUUUAAAGCAACAUAAAUUCCUAAUAUUUCAGCUUUGGUUGCAAAUGGGUCAGGCAGAUCUAUUUUCUUGGUUCUCCUCGGAGUGUAGCAAAUGGAGAGAUUCUUGGAAAGGUAGGAUACAUUACAGUCAAAUGUAUGUGUAAACUGGGAACUUGAAGAGUUCAGAAUAGGAAUAAUUAUGAAAUCAACAUAUCUCCCUACACUGGAGAUUAAAUGGGCUACUUUAGAAAUCACCUCUAGGAGCAGACUGAGCAUGACUGAGGUACGCUCAGACUGGGCUUUUUUCACAAACAACCUAAAUUCUACACAUGCCCAGCUGCUCUCAACAGCUAUCAUUCAUUAUCAGUGAGUCAGUGAUUUGGCCAAAGAAAGGGAGGAGAAAGUACAAUACUGCAGUGCUGUAUUUUGUAUUUUUACUAUUUAUGGAAAUUUAAAAGUUAAUGACAAUAGCUUUUUAAAAUUGUUAUAAUUAUCUGGUGUGGCUUAUCCCUAUGGUAAUCUAUUAGAUAAUGUGAAGGUUCAAGUACAUAUCUAUAAACCAGCAAAAAAAACUAAAUAAUUUCUGGUUAAAUUCGGUGAUAUGAAAGAAGUUGUCUGUAAGUUUGCAGGCAUUGUGAGAGCGCACACAUUACAGAUUUUCUUCAUUUUAAAAACAUCUGUUCUAGGCAAAGUAAGAAAUUCAGGCCUUUUACACAAUGCCUUACUGCUUUGUGUGUAUUCUUUAUUACUUUACUUAGCUCUAAAUAAUUUAAUAGACUGUAGACUAUAUCCAGAAUAAAGAAAAUUCUGAAAUGUUUGGGGCAAUCGACUGCGCAAGAUAUUAGCGCCAAUUGUUAAAGCACAAUGACUUUUUAAUAGAGCUCAUUGUAGUAAGUAAUGGAGGGAAAGUGUUAGGCUUGUCAUAUGUGGAUAAGUGAGUCUCAACCAGCACCAUACACUCUCAUCAGCAAACGGUACAAAUAAUUCUUCAAUCAAGGAUAGCCAACAGGUCAAGAACUACAUUUUCCACAAUGCUUUGCCAACCACAUGUUGAGUUUGCACAACAAAUGGAAAGCUACCUGUUAACCACCCCUGCUUUAAAGGAAUAUACAUUUUGGCAAUGCAUACCUUACACUGAGGGUUUCAUCAAAGUUAGGAUGCAGUAUGAGGUACUUGGCUGAUUUAUUUUACUCUGAUUGGGGUACAAUACAAUUUGUUCUAACUACUCAGCUGUUAAUUAAAAUGUUUGAGUGCAUUUUACUCCAAAUUUUGGGUGGUAAUUUGUUGUUUAGUAAAUAGACCAUCAGGGGUUCAUGGAAGGAUAUGUUAAAAUACCUACCAGAAGUGUAUAAACUGACCGAUUUAACAUAAUUGGUGCAUCAUGGUGACGAUUUAACAUAAUUGGUGCAUUAUGUUGUAAUUGAAGAGUUUAAUUAUAUUUUUUCAUGCUUCAGGUACACUGAAACAUACGUACAGUUACAAGUUUGGGGGCUAUUUUCAUUUUAGACAGUUUUUACCUGUGCAUGUUUCGACUGUAUUCAUCAUGCCAAUCAUCCAUGAAUCAAUCCCUCCCUCCAUUCCUCUUUUCUAGACUCCAUUCCCUCUUCCCUGCAUCCAUUUAUCCAUCCAUGCAAACCUGAGGCUGUUACUUUGGUUACCUAUAAAAUGUAUUUUGCUUUAAGGAAUUUCAAUGUUAUAUAAAUGUUCCAUUUCCAUUGAGUUCUAAGUAUCUUUCUUUUAGCCCUCUUGUUGGACAGCCCUGAACUAGCAGAUUAGGAAGAAUUCCUUAAUUUAUGCUAAAUAUAACCACGAAGACCACGUGCAAAACUCUCAAAUAAGUGAAGACAUUUUGCAAAGAAGGAAAGAAUGUUAUAUUUUAACAUAUGCAUAAUUCUAUCUGUAUUAAACGUAUUACAAGCCAUUAAAGGUGUAAACCUGUAAACAUAACUACAUUGUGUGUUAAUGAUUGAGAUCUUUAAUCUAGCCACACAAGUCAUAUAUAUUUCAGGUGGUAUUGAAGAAACAUCACAAUCUGAAUUAAUUUCAUUAGCGUGGAAAAGCAGAGAGUGAUAUUUCCUAUGCUAUUCUGUUUGGCCUGUAUAGCAAAUUUAAAACAAUGUUCAGGACAAACACCCAAGUGCCCAUCUUUUAGACUAGAGAAACUGUUCAUCCAAGAUCGAUUCCAAUCCCACUGUAAUUCUUUACUACUCCUGUGUUCCCUCGUUACUGGGAGCUCAUUAUGCAUCGUUAUCUCUCUUCCGCAGAGCUUUGUGACAUUCAUGAAAAGGUAUUUUCCAUUGUCAGCUUUCUCUUUAUAGCCUGAAACAUGACCAGUCAAAUUGUGGAGCUCGACCUAUUGUUGGAUUUCAGCUCCCAUGAUGCUGAGUCAGACAUUGUGAGAGCUGCAAUUUAACAGCUAAAAAGCUAUAUGAAGUUAGUUUCAAAUAACUUGGAUAGAGAGUGAAUUCAAAGUAUUGCCAAUUCUGGCAUGUAAUGUGUUAAAUAAAAAUGAUCAUUUCAGUUAACAGUUUUGUAAUAAUGUGCCAUGAUUUGUAACCUAACUCUUGUAAAAAGAGAUCCUUACCAUAAUAAAGGAGUUUUGUAAUAUAAACUUUAUGUUAUGAUAUACCAUCUCAUAAUUAUCUUUUAUUCAUGUUUUUUGAACAUCUUUAUGGACCUUUGAUUAGUCUGUCCCUUAUCUGACUCAAUGUUCACUAUUUUGCAACUGUCUCUUUUUAAAAAUCAUGUGCUUGUUCUACUUGCAGCAUUUUCUGUUUGAUGGUGCAGAGAAGCAAAGGACAGUUGCAAAAUAGUGAGCAUCGGAUUAGAUAACUGACUGGUGGAUAAAGAUUGAUGUAUAGAGAUGUGUGUCAGAAAGGGUGUGUGGCAAACGUAGACAGGAGAUUUCUU